CCACCUCAGCUCCAAGGUUUAAAUAGAAAAUGUCUCUUCCAAUUGCCGUUUAUAGCCUUUCUGUUAAAGGAAAUGAUAUUCCUGCUGUAGAGGAAUCCACAGACGCAUCAAUUCACUUGACAAUGGCGUCGGUCGAUGCUAGUGAAAAAUCUAACAAGACCACAACUCUUUGGGUCAAGGUUCGCCCCAGUAUGCCUGUAGAUACAGAGGAAGAUGAAGAAAUGGAUGAGCAAAUGAAGGAGCUCCUCGAAGAAAGCCAGCGUGAGUUUGUUUUGUGCACCUUGAAGCCUGGCUCUUUAUACCAGCAACCUUUGAACUUGACCAUCACCCCUGGAGAUGAGGUUUUUUUCAGAACUUCAGGAGACGCUACUGUCCAUCUUUCUGGUAACUUCUUAGUAAACGACGAAGAGGAAGAUCACGAUCACAGUGAUGAUGAAGAAGACGACGAAGACUAUGACUUGUCUCCCAGUGAAGAUGAUUUGGUUGACACCAUGAGCGACGAAAAGGACGAGAAUGAAGAAGAUUCUGAGGAAGAAGAAGAGGAAGACGAUGAGGAACAAGAAUCUGAAGAAGAUGAGUUAGACAAUGUUCCCGCCAAAAAGGUUGAGGAACCUAAGAAGAAGCGCACUAAUCAAGAAGAAACUGCUUCUCCUCAAAAGAAUGAAAACAAGAAGCAAAAGACCGAGAAGUCCAACAAAGAGAAAAAGGUAGCUUUUGCUGAGAAACUCGAGCAAGGUCCCACUGGUCCUGCUGCCAAAAAGGAACAGCAACAAGAACAAAAGCAACAACCUAAAACUCGCACAUUAAAGGGAGGUGUUACCGUUACUGAUGUUAAGGUUGGAAACGGUACUGCUGCUACUAAUGGCAAGAAGGUCGAAAUGCGCUAUAUUGGUAAGCUUGAAAACGGAAAGGUGUUUGAUAAGAAUACCAAGGGUAAACCUUUUGCUUUCCUUUUGGGUCGUGGUGAAGUUAUUCGUGGUUGGGAUAUCGGCGUUGCUGGUAUGAAUGAAGGCGGUGAACGUAAGAUUGUCAUUCCUGCUCCUAUGGCCUACGGUAAUCAGAGCAUUCCAGGUAUUCCUAAGAAUUCUACUUUGGUCUUUGAAGUCAAGCUUGUCCGUGUACACUAAAGCUAUCGCUGAAGCGAUAGUCCCGGGAUUUACUCUUCAUUCCAAAAUUUUAAAUGGAUAUUAUAAUUACAUCGAUGUUUUGGAUUCGAUAUUAACAUCAGUUACACCUAAUUUUGGGUCAUAAAAAAAUAGUUUAGGGUAGAUACUAGGAUGGUAUCGGUUUCUGGAUAAAUUGGGAUUUUACAAUUUUGGGUUCAUAUCAACUAAUACUCGUAUAGAUUGGUGGCUGUAGGUUUUAAAAGGUGUAAGAAGUAUGGAUGAUAGUAUUUUAAAGUACAUGGUAUCGACAGUUCAAAUAUUAUAUAUCGUAAAAC